UAUAGCGUGUUGUUUAUUGAGAACUGACAGACAUCAUAAAUCAUGUUGUUCUACAUAGUGCUUGUGGUCCAGAUCCUUCUGGCUCUUUGCCAUGGCAGCCUGGCUGAGAAAAUGAUGCGACCCAAGUUCAAGGACAUCAAGGUCUGGAGUGAAGAGAAGAUGGUUAGUCACAAGAUUGCCUACGACAACUCGGAUCCGCAUUUGAACUUCUCCAUGGAGGUUCACCAGGAACUGCAGGAUGUCGAUAUACAUUUCGAUGUGCGCAUAACCAACAAACAGGAUCCUUAUUACACAUCCAGUCUGAACACCACUCUCAACAUUUGUCGCAUUCUCAACUUUGCUAACAAAUCACCGGUGGGACGAUUUGUUCACGGUUUCAUACGCGAAUUUGGCAACAUUGUUGAAUCCUGUCCAAUAGCGAAGGGCUCCUACUACAUCAACAAAUUCUGGUGGCCAGAGGAUCCAACCACAGCCAUUCUGCCUGAUCUUGAAUUCGAAAUUCACUUCAACGCCCAACAUUUGGAUGCCAGCAAGAAGCGCACUCUCAUCAUGAAUGAUCAAAUUGAUGGCGUCUUCACAGUUCAGGAUGUAAACAAUCUAAAGCCCGGCAUAUUUGCCAUGCUGCCCAAGAGGCGCUAAACCUAUAACUAAAAGCUACCUUAAAUGCUAAAAGUUUUUAUCGUUAUUCAACACAUUCAAUGUCUCAAUGGUAUUUUUUAUUUGUCUAUCAGUUUUCUUUUCAAUGUAUAAAUGAGCAAUCACAUUUGCUAAUAAACGCAAACA